GCAUGCUACGAUCAGGAGCCAAGCCAGAUGAGAUUACUUUCGUUGGAGUCUUAUCAGCUUGUAAUCAUGCUGGUCUUGUCAAGAAGGGUCAAAGGCUUUUCAAUUCAAUGAAUCUUGCUUAUGAUUUGAAACCAAAUGGCCAGCACUAUUCCUGCCUUGUAGACAUCUUAGGCCGAGCAGGAUUGGUGGAUGAGGCUACACGGGUGGUAUGCGAAGAAAUGCCUGCUUGUGAGCAGGAUGCUGCUGUUCUAGGGGCAUUGCUUGGUGCAUAUAGGUUGCACGGUGGUGAUGUUAGAAUGGCAAAUCGUAUAGGUAAGGAGCUACUAGAGUUAGAGCCAGCCAGCUCAGGGGCUUACGUACUCUUAGCUAACGUGUAUGCUGCACAUGGGAAGUGGGAAGAAUUUGCUCAAGUAAGAAAGAAGAUGAAGGAGAGAAGAGUGAAGAAAGUUCCUGGUUUUAGUCAAAUAGAAGUGAAGGGCAGGAGCCAUAUAUUUUUUGCUGGGGACAGAUCUCAUCCUCAGGCCGCUGAGAUUUAUGGACUGCUACAAGAGAAGCUUCUACCACAAAUUUGUGAGAUGGGAUACUCAAAAGGCAACUCAUCUUUCUUCUGUAGCCACCAAAUAAGUGAAUCAUAAUGAUAAUAUUGAACAAUAAUAUUACCAACACACAAGAUGAGACUUACCACCGUGGAGUGGCUUUUUGCAAAAAGAUGUGGGGGAAAAGCUGCAAGCUGUACUACCACACCUGAUUUCGCAUCCUUUUGAGCUACAAUUUGAACCAUUUUAUUGUUACUGCGUAACAGAUGAAGAGAGUUGAAAGUUUGGGGAAGUUUAUACCUUUGAGUUUAAAUAUUAAAGUAUGCUUGCUGAAGGAGGGAAACAAGUUUUGCUUGGAAGAUAUUUUGAAUUACCUGGGAGCUUCACCGGAACAACACCAAAGCGGCUAUUCUGGUUUUGCUUGCUUUUUCAGCAAUCCACUCACCAAAAUUAAUGGCAAGUAAGUACUUCUCAUUGGCUACUAGUCCCAACACUCAACCCACCUCGUUUUCUCUAUAAAUAGAAGAAGAAGUCAUCAACAAUCAACACAACACAACUCUCUCAAACAUACUCAGCGUCUUCAACACUUGAAAACCUCAAGCUUGAAAUAACUUGCUUUUCCUUCAAGAUAACCAGUUGACAACUCAUGAUUGUUAUCUUUUUAUUUUAUGCUCUGCCAACACUUGGUAUUGAUACCAAGUAGCUAGGCUAAAUCCUUUACUUUUUAUGUACCAAGUAUGAAUAGAGAAAUCU